AUGACGUCCUCUAUCCUGGAGGCGUUGUCGACUGUCGAAGCUGCAGAAACACCACAAAUCGAAGAUCACGACGAAACAGAAGAAGAAGAAUCACAACAGCCCACCCAAGAGCCUACCUUAGACGACCCGAAACUUGGAAAUCCCAUAUCACAUGGUCAAGUAGUCGAUCUAUGGAAGCAACUAAAAGCUCAAGGCAACUCAAACUUCACCCUCGAACAACUCCUCCGCGGCGCAUCCGUCUACAUCCCUCCUCCGCCUCCCAAACCCGAACCCUCCCCCGAAUACAAAGCCCUAAUGGCCCGUCUCCGCCGCGAAGAAGAAGCCCGCUCCUACGAACGAAUGAUAAACCCGCCUCCCCAACACGAAACCUUCAAAGACCACUUCCCCUCCAUCACCGCCUCCUUCGCCGCCGCAAACCGACCAACAUCAGCAUCAGACCUCGGCGACGACGACAUGGCGAUGGAAGAAGUGCACAAGCAGAUCACGCUGAUCAUCAACUUCCUCGUCAGCAUCGCCGGCGUCGCAGGAACAUUAUGGGUUACAGCGCGGUGGUGGAGUCUGCCGGCACACGAGCAUGAGGGCGUCAGCUUCACAAAUGGCAAUGCGACAUUCACUGCGCAUCGAUAUCGAUAUCGAGGUUUGUCACGACAAUUGACAAAUUCGAUAUGGUCGUAUUCUUACCUGGAUAACAUCAUGAUCAUGAUUUCGAGCAAAAGCACGGGCAUUGAGUGUGCAAGUCCAGCGCCAUCGGUGCCGCGAUCGCGCGUCAAACCACUACGAACAUAUGGCAAACGAAGCAUUCGAGACGAUUCGCCAAAAGAGCCCAAUACCAAGAAACGAAGGGUAUCAACAGAAUCAACAGCUCCUGAACCAGCAUCCAAAGGCACAGACAAGGCGCCGCUGAAAGAGGUCACGGAAGAGGCGAAGAACAUUCCCGAGUCAACAACAACGAACAAACCCACUACUGAGCCAGUCAAGAAAGGAUCAAUCUUGAACUUUUUCAAACCUGUACCUCCAUCGUCUACUGUCACCUCCAGUCCAAAGAGCGACGAUCCUCAACCCGAAUCAACGCCCCCAUCCUCACCACCACAGCCCCCUAAGAUAGAACCCCGAAAGAAACCACGCCUAUUACGCUUCCGCGGUACAUCAACACCAUUAUUAGACGAAGGCAACACAGGAGAUGAUUCACAAGGCGAGGACACAAAAGCCGAAGACGCUGGCACCAAAUCAGCUCGACCCGCUGCUCAAGAGAGCUCUUUAAAUCGAGAUGCGAGCACAAACGACACAAAACCAGGAAAGAAGGGGAAGGCUGCGUUUUCGGAGUGUAAGGUGUGUAAUACUGUGUGGAAUCCGCUGUAUCCGGAUGAUGUGAAGUUUCAUGCGAAGCAGCAUGCUGCUGUUUUGAGGGCCAAGAGGAAGGAGAAGGAGAGUGAAUUAUAG